AUGUCUAACAUCGUAAAGAACGUUGUUUUCAUCGGAGGGGCUGGACAGGCGGGUCUUCCCAUCUUUUACUCCUUACUGAAGGCUUGCGUGCAGUCGGGGAUCACUAUUUCUGCCCUAUCCCGGACCGGCUCUGCGUCCAUAUUUCCGGCACAUGUCCCUGUUCUAAGAACGGACUAUUCUCCCGCCUCUCUCCGAGAUGUUCUCCGCGGACAAGAUGUCGUUAUUUCUGUCAUCGGGGACUCGGGCUUGGCAUUGCAAAAGACCAUUAUUGACGCGGCCAUUGAAGCUAAUGUCAAGAGAAUUAUUCCUUCAGAGUUCGGUUGUAGGACUUAUGAUCCGGAGGUGGUGGCCCUAAUGCCCUAUUUUGCGCCGAAGCGAGCUUCAAUUGAGUAUCUCAUGACGAAAGAGGACAAAAUUAGCUGGACGGCGGUGAUCUCCGGUCCGUUCUUUGAUGAAGCCUUGAAGAACACUUUUCAUGGAUAUGAGCCUCCAGACCAGUUCUAUCUAUUAGAUGGCGGCGACUCAACAUACUGCACGACAAAUCUACACACCAUCGGAUACGCACUUUUCAAGAUCCUGUCCAAUGAGUCGAACUUUAUUGACUCAGCUAAUCAAUACAUCACCAUUCACUCACACGUCCUAACCCAGAACGACAUUCUACAGGCUCUAGAGGCGGUGACGGGAACUACCUUCAAGAAACACCACGUCAGCAGCGAGGAGCUGUACAAAUCAGCGCUUCGCAAUUUCAAAGCUCGAGGCCCAAAUGAGGAGAAAGAUCUUCUGGCAGAGAGAGAUAUAAUUCAAUGCAUCACGUAUGGAAAGGGUCAAUUCCAAGGAAUGGGAGAUACGCGAGAUAGGAACGACUGGACAGAAAGGCUGGGUUUGCCUCAUGAGGAUCUUUUCUCCGAUGUCAAGGGUGUGGUCGAUGGACAGCGGCCGUCCCGAACUUAUUAA